AUGGCUAAACUAUAUGAGUAUGAAUCUGUAAGUGAAGGACUUGAAGCUUCAGAUGAUUCAUCUGAAAGUUCCAUAGAUGCCAACUUCCCUAAUUUCAGUGUUGUAUUAUUUGGAAACUCUGAGUCAGUCCAGUUUGGAUGUGACAACAUUCUGCUCGAAGAAAAUCAAACCUAUACUGAAGAUACAGAAUUCUGCUCGACUGUUUCAAUACAGAGAAAGAUAUCAGACCAUCAUGUGUCAGUGAUCAACAUGAUUGGCUUACAUGAGACGGAUCUGAAUCCUUCUGUUCAAGUUAUCCGUCAGCUUGUGAAUGAAAAUGAAAUCCAUGCCUUCAUCUUUGUUGUGAGACUGGGUCAGCUAACAGAUGCCGAUAAGAUGGGCAUUGAAUGGCUACAGCGAAUGUUUGGUGACGAAGUUCUUUCAUUUGCGAUGUUUCUCUUCACUUAUGAGGAAGAGGAGGAAAGUAUCAUAGAUGAACUGAAGAAAAACCCUGCACUGGAGAAGCUGAUUGAGAAAUGUGGACAAAAAUAUCACAUCUGUAGCAAGAUUAUGAACAAACAGUCAGAGAUGAGAGAAUUGAUGGACCGGAUCAGAUGUCUGUAUUUAGACAAUAAAGAGCAGUGCUACACUACUGAGAUGUACAACACAGUUUCAACAGACCUGGACAACAGUCAAAAUCAAACUGAAAAAGCUGAAAACUGUAUUCACACUACAUUAAAACAGUUAAAGAGCUCUGCGAAAGAAAGCAGACACAAGCUAUGUCCAGAGCAGCUGAUGAACAGACUUCAUCUGAAAGGAAAAUAUCAUAAACUGAAGACUGCAGAUUUUCUUCAGCUUUCAGAACAUAUACAGUCUCAUGAGUUCUGUUUAGAGGAAAAGUUUGCUCAGAGUUUUCUACAAAAAUUACUGAUGAUGGACUACAGAGCAAGAUACAUUAAAAUAAAACAGAACAAUGAACAAAAUGACAACCAGGAAAGAUGCAAAGACUCAUUUAAAGAGUCAAUUCACUUAAUGGAUGCUCAGAUGGCUGUGUUUUAUUGUGCUGAUAGUUUUCUAAAGCAGCUCAUUGUCACUAAACUCUCACAGUGUCAGUUUGCUCUUCCUCUGCUUGUACCAAAUCCAUUCACACAGAAGAUUGAGUUUCCUCUCUGGACAUUCAGACAAAUCAACAAGAGCUGGAAGACAACAGAUGGGAAAGGACAAACCUUGAGCAAAACCCAGCCGGUCUACAAGGCAGAAACACCAAUGGUGGCUGUCUUCAGGUUUGGCUCUUUGUCUUCAUCCAAGUCUCAGCUGAUGAACAGUUUGAUCAAUGAGAAACACAACACGUUCUUCCACAGGAACUGUCCAGGCAGCAGCAGAUCCAGAGUAUUAAUGGAUGGGAUGGUGGAGAUUGCCUGGUACUGUCCAUCUGGAGAAAAAACUGAUACAUUUCCUGACUGUGUUGCAUUCUGUAAUCUUCAUGGUGAUGCAUUAGAAAAUGAGAAACUGCUAAAUAUCUUAACUCAGAUGGCUUCUGUAAAUGUUGUUAUUUUACCUCAACUAAACAUGAAUGACAACCGCAUGAUUCAAAACCUCUACACAGACUCAAAACUGCUCAUUUGCCUUCUUACUGAGAGUGAUUCAGCUCUCACAGAAAUGCGAAAAGGUAAAAAAUACAAAAUGGGAUUGAAAGAAAGAAAUCAGUCAGAUGUAAUUGAAGAACUCAGAAGAGCUGUAAACAAUGGACUCUCAUCUUCAGACUCAUCUUCUCUUUUCAAGCUUGAAGAUGUGGCAGAUAAAUUAAACAUCACAGUAGAUGAGAAGAUUGAUAAUGACUGCAGGAAAGGAAAAGACGCAGCACAGAAAAUGAUGAGUUUACUAAAGUAUAAAGAUCUGACAGAAAUCAAAGAAACAUUUCUGCCGUGUCAGGGAAAACUGUGGCAUCAGUGGUGUCAGACAAAUAAAGAACUACAUCGACCUACACUGGGUGAACUACAAAAGAGUAAUAACAUAGAAAAAACCAAAAGCUGUAAGAAAUCAGAAAUGCUUAAAAUUCGUGAACUGCAGCACACAACUGUCUUAAAUGAAUUUAUCAAAAUCUUUAUUCAAGAACUGAAUUCAAAAGAAAGAAAUGAGAUGACAUAUUUUCUUAAGUGGAUUGGGAUCCUACUGGAUGACUACACUACUGAAACUCUUUCAGCUCUUCAUCACGAGUAUGAUAAAAAGUGGUCAGCGGUCUUAGAUCUUAAAAAGAAAUCUGAUAAAUCUCAACAACUGGCAGCUGAACAAGAAGAACUUGAGAGAAUAUCUGAGAAACUACAAGCUGCAACCUUUGGUUUGGAGCACAUACUGAGAGAGAUCGGUCAGAUAUAUGAAUCAUGUUCAUCUGUGGAGAAAAACAAGAAAAACCUAAAGCUUGACUUCUCUUCUCUUCCGGGUCUUGCAGCAGAGAUGAUGAUGUCUGGAUUUCCACUGGAGCUGAUGGAUGGAGAUGCUGCUCAUGUUCCUCUGAUCUGGGUUACUGCAGUUUUAGAUGAACUCAUCAAGAAACUGGGAGACAAGAGAGUCUUUGUGUUGUCAGUUUUAGCGAUUCAGAGCUCUGGGAAAUCUACCAUGUUGAAUGCAAUGUUUGGUCUGCAGUUUGCUGUCAGUGCUGGUCGGUGCACUAGAGGAGCAUUCAUGCAGCUGGUCAGAGUUUCAGAAGAGAUGAAAGAUGAGCUGAAGUUUGAUUAUAUUCUGGUUGUUGAUACUGAAGGUCUUCGUGCUCUAGAGCUUGCUGGAAGAUCAACAAGAAAUCAUGAUAAUGAAAUGGCCACAUUUGUUGUUGGUCUUGGAAAUAUGACAUUGAUCAACGUCUUUGGAGAAAACAUUGCAGAGAUGCAGGACAUCCUUAAGAAUGUUGUUCAGGCCUUCAUGAGGAUGAAGAAGAUCAGACUGAAUCCCAGCUGCAUGUUUGUGCAUCAGAAUAUUUCAGAUAUCUCAGCCGAAGAAAGAAACAUGGAAGGAAGAAGACGACUUCAGGAGAAACUGGAUGAGAUGACAAAACUUGCUGCUAAAGAGGAAGAUUGUGUUUUGCAGUUUUUCAGUGAUGUUAUUGCAUUUGAUGUACAGAAUGAUGUGAAGUAUUUUUCACAGCUUUGGGAGGGAAGUCCACCUAUGGCACCACCAAACCCAAACUACAGCAGAAACAUUCAGGAGAUGAAGAGCACCAUUAUCGCAAAAGCAUCAAGAUCGAACGGCAUUACACUGUCACAGUUCAAAACUUGCAUUAAUGAUCUUUGGAGUGCACUGCUAAAUGAAAACUUUGUGUUCAGCUUUAAAGACACACUGGAGAUUGCCGUAUUCAGAAGACUGGAAACUAAGUAUAGUGACUGGACCUGGAGCCUCAGGAGUGCCAUGUUGAGUAUUGAAGAAAAGUUUUACAACAGAAUUGCAAAUGGAAACAAUGAGGUUCAGAAAAAUGAACUGCUGGAUGAAAUGAGGACAACAAAAGAAGAAGUAGAAAAAUCAAUGAAGUCUUAUUUUAAUGAGGACAAAUACAAAAGCAUUCUGUGUCAAUGGAGAGGAAGAUUUGAAACCAGAAUUCAAGAUCUUCAUGAUGACCUGGUGAAGGGAACAAAAAGAAAGUUGGAUGAAGCAAUUGAACAGAAGAAAGCCAAACAGAAGCUUGACCCAAAACUGACAGAGUAUGAAAAUAUGCUUUUUAGCCGGAGCAAGGAACUCGCUUUGAGUCUGAAAAGUAAAGGAGCAGAUGAACAAGUGCUGAAGGAGAAAUUUGACACAAUGUGGAGUAAAUGGGUCACAGAGAUGACUAAAGAUAUUCCUCCAGUAAAAGACAUUCAUUUUUGGAAGGAUGUCUCACAGAUUUUAUCUGAAAACAAUGAACUUACUCUCGUAUAUGAAAGGCUUAAUCUACCAGACUUUAAACAGAUACUCACUAGGGGUGGUUUUGAUGACUACAUCACACAUCAGAAGCAUCAAGAGCAUUUAGAUGAGACUGAAUCUUCAGAGGAAGCUGAAGAGAGCUCAAAGAAAAGAAACAAGACACUAAAUGCUGAAUAUCAUGACUCUGUAAGGCAACUGAUUAAAAAAAUUAUUAAGGAAACUGAAAACAUAAUGAAGAAAUCACCAGUCAAAAGACAGGGCUACAAUGUCAGCUACAUCCAAGAGAUAACGGACUGUGUUAAAAAGUCAGUAAAGCAACAUCAAUCAGAGAAUGAAAAAUACAAACUGAGAAAGGAGUUUAUUAUAGAUCUCUGUCUUUAUGUUUGUGACAUUGCAAGUGAGAAAUUUACUGAAUGCCACAAGGAAUACAGAGAAACAAAUGAUGUAAGAAUGUAUCUUGAGAAGCAAAAAACUCAAUAUUACAACGUCUUCAAGAACUACUGCAGAGGAGCAACAACAGCAACCAUACUGAUCGACUUUAUCUGCAGCAAACUUGAACCGUCCAUCCUACAAGACGUUUACAACAAAACAGCUAUUGAUGUUGCAGCACAGAUGAGAACAGACAUACGAUCAUUACGUGAAAACAGAUCCAAUCUGGAGAAACACAUUCUGAAAUCACUCGCAGAAAAUGAGGACUUUGAGCAAUACAUACAAUACAUCCAUCAACCCAAAGAACACUUCAUACAAUUCAUAAAAAAUGAAGUAGACAAAUACUUUACUCAACAAAGCAAAAUAAUUCUAAAUGUUUUCAAAGGAAAUCUUGAACAGAAAGGGAAGAUUGUGAGUAAUGCAGUGCAUGCAUUGACAGCGGAGGUCAAAAAUAAGAGAGGAGAUGGCAAUAUGUGGUUCACAAGUUUCACCAAAACACUCACAGAGGAGCUGAAAUUCACAGGUGAGUCAUUUGUUGAUCUGAGAGAAAUUAAAGACUUGGAUUUUCUUGGGAAACAUUUGAGUGAAUGUCUGAAUGAAAUGAUGUUAAAGCUACAAAAGAAUUUCACAAGGAUUGGUGAAAUUAAAAUGGAAAAGUGCAGGAAGAAACCACAUAAGAUUUUGAUUGAUCAUUUCUGUCAGUGCUGUUGGGUUCAGUGUCCUUUCUGUAAAGCAAUCUGCACAAACACAAUGGAAGACCAUCCUGGAGAUCACAGUGUUCCUUUUCAUCGUAAUAUUGGACUGAAUGGGUGGUUUUAUAGAGGAACAACAAACUUGUACACUUGGUUCUGCACAACAGAAGUAGGAAGUGAUCGGUGCUUUCGAAAUUCUUUAGAUGAUAGAAUUCCUUGGAAAGAAUACAGAAAAGCCGGCCCUGAAUAUGCAAACUGGAGCAUCACCCCUGACAACUCUGAGUUGCCAUACUGGAAGUGGUUUGUGUGCAGGUUUCAGAAAGAUCUGGAGAAUCACUACAAUAAAACAUUCCAGGGCAGCGGUGAGAUUCCAGAUGAAUGGAGAAAGCACACAAAAGAGGACGCUAUUAAGAGUUUAGAUAAAUACAUCUAAUGGAGAACUAAAAGAACUAAACUCUUUUAUAUCAAUUGAAACUGUUCUGCACUAGUUUUAAAAGAACUUUGUGAAUAACACGGCUUACCAUUUUGCUUGGAUGCAUUUAUAAGCAUAAAGUAGACUACAGAAAGACAAAUCAUGUUAAAUGCAGCGGGAAAUAUUUAUUGAUUAAGUCUUACACUAAAAAAUCUAUAGUUCAUGAAAGCAACAUGUUUGAAUGCUCUGCCUAAAUAAAAAAAUAUUUUUUAAUCUUUUCAUCUAUACAGGCAGUGUCUAUAGAAAAUGCAUUUUUGUUUACACUGAAAAAAAAUUGUAAAGCAGUUCUCAAAUUACUGACACUGUGACGAUUCACUUUAUUGUUUUCCUUACUUUUGUAGGUUGCUUUGGAUGAAAUAAUCUAUUUUAUUCCCUAAAUGUAAAUACAAAUGAAACCAUUUUUGUUGUACUUUUUUUAUAGCAUCUGACUAAAUCAAUUUUUAAGAAGUACCCCUAGAGCUGUGAUGGAGCUCAAUACAGCUUCAUCACCCUUGACAACUUUGAGCUGCCAUACUGGACGUGGUGUGUAGGCACCAAUAUAACUUUGUAGCCAGAAGUUCAAUUCAAACACAUCCACAAGACCAGAAAACCAUAUAAAAUUAAAUUAAAUGACAUUGUUUAGUUUAUAUCUUUAAUAUACUAAGUCUUCAAACCUUUAAC